UUUUCUUCUUCUUCUUCUUCUUCUUCUUCUUCUUUCUUCUUCUUCUUCUUCUUCUUCUUCUUCGUCUUCUUCUUAUUAUUCUUAUUCUUCUUCUUGUCCUCCUCAAGUGGACCCGCCCGUCCAAGUUUUUGAUUCGGUCCAAAACAGGCUGUGCCGCUUGAGCUCCAUGGCGAGCUGACACCAACAAGCAAACAACAACAACAAUAAGAAGAGAAGAAGACGAAAAAUGUUCGACUACGUGGACGUGCAGUUGUUCGGCACCGCGCAGCCGUCGAGCCCGGACUGCACGCAGCGCCGCCGGCAGAACCACUCGGAGCUCCGCCGGGGCCAGGGGCGGCGGAGCGCGGCUGACCUCCCGGAGCUCUUCCUCGGACACUGGCAGUCGGCGGUAAGCCACACCGGUUCAUCCGGUUCCGAUCACGCGUCCGGCCGCCGCCCCUGCUCGCCUCCGCCGCCGCGCCCCUACAAACCUUGCGUCAUCUGCCAGGAUAAAUCUUCGGGUUACCAUUACGGCGUCAGCGCCUGUGAGGGAUGCAAGGGUUUCUUCCGCCGCAGCGUCCAGAAGAAAAUGGCGUACACGUGCCGGCGAGACAGGAAGUGUGUCAUCACCAAGGUGAGCAGGAACGUGUGUCAGGCCUGCAGACUACACAAGUGCUUGGCUGUGGGCAUGUCCGCGCAAUCGGUGAGGAACGACAGAAAGAGUCACAAGGCCAAGGAGGGGGAAGAAGCUCCACAGAUGACCAUCGGCGACACGUACGAAAUGUCGGCUGAGCUGGACGCCAUCGUGGAGAAGAUCUGCAGGGCGCACAGGGACACGUUCCCCUCCCUACACCAGCUCGGACAAUACACCACAAUGUCCAGCUCUGAGCAGAGGGUCCAGCUGGACUUGGGUCUGUGGGACAAGUUCAGCGACCUGGCCACCAGGUGUAUCAUCAAGGUGGUAGAGUUUGCCAAGAGAGUGCCCGGAUUCACCGGCCUCAACAUUGCCGACCAGAUCACUCUGCUCAGGGCCGCCUGCUUAGACAUGCUGAUUCUGAGGAUCUGCGCUCGCUACACGCCGGACAAGGACACCAUGACCUUCUCGGACGGUCUGACGCUGACUCGCACUCAGAUCCACAACGCCGGAUUUGGGCCGCUCACAGAUCAAGUUUUCACCUUCGCUGGACAGAUGCUGCCACUGCAGAUGGACGACACGGAGAGCGGACUCCUCAGCGCCAUCUGCCUCGUCUCCGGGGAUCGGCAGGACCUGAAGGAGCCGUCCAAGGUGGAGUCGCUGCAGGAGCCUCUGCUGGAGGCUCUGAAGAUCUACUCGCGCAAACGUCGGCCCAGCGUACCCCUUCUGUUCCCCAAGGCGCUCAUGAAGAUCACAGACCUGCGUAGCAUCAGCGCUAAAGGAGCCGAGCGAGUGGUCACCCUGAAGAUGGAAAUCCCGGGCUCCCUGCCGCCCCUGAUCCAGGAGAUGCUGGAUGAAGUUCUGGAAAAGAAAGACCAGAGCCAACUCUCGGAGAGUCGAGGGACGCGGUACUCAAGUUGACCAUCUUGAGGAACAAAAACAAGAUACUAACUUUUCUAAGAUGUUCUGGACUGUAUUUAUAUAGCUAAGUUAUCUCAUGGAUCUGUUUGACCUCAUGGAAUAUGGCAGGGGGACACACUAGGAAUUAGUUACUCAACUAGCGGGGAACACUUUGUACCUUUUUCAGGUAUAAAAAGGUCACCAAACCGUUGUCACGAAUAGCAAAAAAAAAAUAUAUAUAUAUAUAUACAUAUAUUUGAAGCCUUUUACAUUUGCCUAUGUUAAUAGUUUAAACCGUAAAUUCAGUGGUGCCUUGACUUGCGACUUUAUUAAAUUCAUAGAAAUGCCAUGAAUCUGUUCCAGCCUCCCCCCUAAAAAUAAAUGUUGCCAAAAACUAAAACCACUCUAUACUAUGGUGCUUUUUGAAAACAUACAGUAAUAACAUAAUCAAAUAGCAUGGAAAGAAAUUAAACCAUGUUUGCACAUGUUUUUGCUUUAAUUCAUGGACAUUGUGCUGCUCCUUCUGGUGUGUGCACCUUGGCCACUUGGGGGCAGUAUAAUACAGACAAGGAUAUACAUGGAGACAUCUCAGCUCCUAAGCAAGCACCAAUAAUAUUAGUUGUCCUUGACAGAGGAUAAACCAUAUGUUCGUGAGUAUUGUUAUAUUAGCUGUCCAAGUGUUGCUCCACCGUUUACAGUGGACCACCCACAUCCAGUCCAGUCCUCCGGUCCUUAUCCCUCACGAAUAGCAGGGGUCCACUGUAUGUUGAAAUAUCCGUCGCUUAAAGGGUUACAACGCCGUUGUUAAUCAUUAGCCCGUCUGUGCUGUUUUGCAUCGUAUAUUACCAUUAAGCUACUUUUGUCAGGCGAAGCUAUGUGGUUGAUUUUAAACGCAAAAUGUGUAAUAAUUGUAUGUUUGUAGGUAAAAAGCAACUGGGAGUGGCAAUAAACAGCUCGAAGCCUCUUUAAAAAAAAUUGCUGUGAAGUGAGUUGAGUUCGCUGCCAACACACAGCGCUCGUAUCUUACAUUUUUGCUCGCAAGUCAACGCAAAACAAAUCGAAGGAAUGACGGCUCGUAUCUUGAAAAACUAUUGAGUCUGGUCACUCGUAUGUCAAAGCAGUGGGCCCCACGAUAGUUUAAACUGCUAAUAUACCACAGACUAUGAUCUUAAAACAGUUUAACAUGAUUUCCCAUAACAUGCAUCCAUCCAUUUCCUGUACCACUUAUCCUCACUAGGGUCGUGGGUGUGCUGGAGCCCAGCUGACUUUGGGCCAGAGGCGGGGUACACCCUGAACUGGUCGCCAACAUUACCCUUGAAAAGAAAUUGCUUAUAGAUGAUUGGAUUUCACUUUUUAAUAGCCACUCAAGCGGCGAAGACUCGACAUACUUUCCGCUUACAACCCAGCCUAAGCUUAGCUUCUCCAUGACAUACAGAAAUGUUAGUAUGUCAAUCCUGAUGUACAGCAUCACUUCAACAUACUUUCUUGACACAAAUGGCUACUUUCCGAUUAGCCUAGACUUUGCUGUCAUCAUCUUGUGGCGUUACAGAAAGAACUUCUUUUGCAUACCUAAACGGGUACCAAAAUAACUACCACUUUUUGGAACCCUUACAUCGUGGUGGGAGGGUACCGUUACACAAGUUUCAUAUUCCCACUGACUAGUAUUUUUGGAGACAAUUUGUUUUGAUUCCUCAACAGGAGCCAGAAUAACUGUACCACUUUCUGGCACCCUCAAAUUGAGGCGGUAGGGUACCUAGAGGGAUGGGUCUAGAUACUAUGCUGUGUGUGAAUUGGUGGACAAAGCCCAACAGUUCUAUCCUAGUGGGUACUCAAGUCUAGUUUCCAGAGUAGUAAGUAGUUUAGGUAGAUAUUUUGUUUCACCAAAGUAUCUGAUAUUUAACACUUUUUGGCACCCUCAAAAAGGGGCGGAGCUAGAUACAGUGCUGUGUAUUGAUUGGUGGACUGAGAAUGGUCACUUUCAAAAGGGCAAGAGAAAAAAAGAACAAUGUUUACAAUUGAAUUUAAUUCAAACCUACAAGUUACAAGAAUGUACUUUAUUGGGGGAAACGUUUACAUUCCAUUUUGAAUGCUGUUCACUGGUUUUGUAUGCCGUGCUAUAGGAAAAACUGAAUGGAGAGAGUGCAAUUGGAUUUUUCCCUCCCAAAAAAAGGGGGGGAAAAUUCCGAGGUGAGUUCAAAAUUGCCUUGCCACGUGGACCCGUGAGUACGCAUGUGAGCGGAAACACGUGGAAACCACAUGCUGUAACAAUAUGGAACGUGAACACUCAGCUAUUUAGAGGUUCUCAAACCUUUUGGGUCCAGGUGAGAAUCCACCCCGCCCACCCCCAAGAAAACUCUCAUAGUCAUAACGCCAAUUAAACAAAACUACCAUGAUGUGUAACUGGUGCUCGUAAGUUUCUAUUGAAUUAUGUUAGCGUUGUAAUGUUACCCACGCAAGGUUUCUCCGGUUGUUUCAUUCUGUCGAAACCAGCGUUGCCAUGACAACUUCUAAAGGAUAAAGCCUCAUCUCAUUGGUCUAACAAUGAUGUGUACCUUUUUGUUAUUAAAAUAUUAAAGAGCCACUGACUCCUGCUGACUAUAUUAAUUUAAAAAAAUACUUAUUAAUAUUGUACCUAAAGUAAUA